CCCUCCGUGCGGAAACAACAUCCUCCUCCUCCGUGUUUGAGCGCCCGCUGGCUGUCAUUUGUCCAAGACGAUCCAGCCGGUGCGAUCGUGGCGCUGGCAGAGUGGAGGAGCGAGAGCCGCAUGUAAAUGAACACCUCCACCUUCGCGUCGCUGUUACCUGAGGAUCGAUCGGGACAGACGGACUGUCCCGUCACCCCCUCAUCACCGAGCUGACCUCAGACGUCUUGUUUGGAGAUAAAGAGGUUAAACUGCACUACUUUGGAGCAAAAGCUGCCGGAUAAUCGCUGCCGUGUGGCGCCGCCGUUUCUCGAUACAGCACGGAGAGCGCCUCUCUGCCGACCCCUGCUGACCAUGCCGAGCGUGUGUGCAGUGUUCCUGGCCCUCGCCGCCGCCACCGCCGCCCUCAGCUCUGCAGACUCGGACGCGCACAGACCGAGACACGACUCCAACCUGGAGAUCUACAAGCGGCUGUUUGAGACCAAGAGGAAAGAUCAGCUGAACGCGCUGAAGAAUCUGGUCGAGCUGAAUGACAUCAAUCAGCAGUACAAGAUCAUAGACAUCAUGCUGAAAGGACUCUUCAAGGUGUUGGAGGACUCGAGACAAGUCCUGGUUGCGGCCAACAUGCAGCCUGAUGACCCUUUCCCGAUGGACGAUAAGAUCAAAGAAGCUUAUUCCCAUGUGGUGGAGAAUACAGCAUUUUUUGGCGACGUGGCAUUGCGUUUCCCUCGGAUUGUCCACCACUACUACGACCGGAACUCCGACUGGGGCGGCCUGCUGCGUUGGGGGCUGAAUUUCUGCAACCAGACGGGUGUUUUCACAGGAGGUGCCCACCAACAUGUCCUCACACUUAUGUCACAGGAGCUGGGAAUAACAGAGAAAGCCCCGGACUUUACAAACCCAUACCGCACAGAGAGAGACGAUGUGCUUCACACUGCCGAGGCUUUCCAGAAGAUCCUGAGGGAGGAGGAGAAGAGAAGGAGGAAAGAAGAGAAGAGGAAAGAAAUCAGGAAAGGCCCUCGCAUCUCCCGCUCCCGCACCGAACUAUAGCGCCGCACCUCAGUGCAUGUGGAGAGCAGAGACCAAGAGGAUGGAGCAUACGCACAGUCCACAAGGGGUGGCUUGACUUGUAGACUCCGAUGACAGUGAAGUACAAAAAGCCAGGUGCUCUGUUGAUAAAAAGAGAGAGCAGCUCACAAAAAUGUAAAGUUGAAGAGGAGGUUAGUCAGUUUCUGACAAAGGUCUGAAUCACUGUACACCUACUGUGAUUUGUAAUUGGAGAAUCUAGCGUUGGAUGAGAGGUGAAAGACGUCUCCAGAAAAGGAGUUGAUAAGGGAAACUAAUUUUUGAUAACUUGAGAAUUACAUAACUGUACUUUGGAAUAUAAAUAAAUUUUAGUAUAUUCAAUUUGCUUCAAAUGCACUGUGUUGUGUCUGGUCUAGAUUUAAUGUGUCUAAAACCCUUUGCUUCAAAUAUGUGUGGUUGCCAAAUAUAAAUUUGACCUCAUGUCACUAAAUUCAGCCUGUUUCUGAUUACGUUAUGCUUGAAUUGAUUAUGGGGUAUGAUUUCUAUUAUUGUUUAUUUUGUUGUUUUUGCCUUUUUGACAGAUUCCAAGAGGAAUGUUUGUAAAUCAGCUGAUUUAUGGUCUUAUUGCUACUCAGAGUUUAAAAGACACAACAUGUGUUCUGUUUGAAUGAAGGACAGUAUAAUGGCAUAUGUCUAAUGGGUUUCUUUUUUUUUUUUUUUUGUCUCUUUGAAUAAUUCUAAUUUUUACCACCAUCAGAGGGCAUCAUUUAUGAAUUUAUUUUUUACCAUUACACCCCGGAAACUGUCAAGUCAUUCCUUUCAUACCGAUUUCUGUAGUUUCAGUUUGAUGACCCAUAAUACAAUAUUGUACCCAUAGGAAAGAUCUGUCAGCUAGAAAAAAACGUAUAUGACCUUUCAGCCCUGCACCCGUGUAUGUGUUGAAUAUUUUUAGUUUUUUAGUCUUUUCUUUUUUCUUUAUCUCUAUUUUUUUUUUUUUUUAACCUUUGCUGGAAAUUGACAUAUUUUAAUGGUUUAGAUCUAUGGAAUUGAGAUUGAUGUAAUUUUGAAAUAGCAUUACGACUGUUAUAAAAAAAAAAGAAAAAACUAUAUGUAUAUUCAGAGAAAGAAUAUCAUUGCUGCAGACUGAACAAGCCAUUUUGUUAUCAACUUUAAUGAAAUAAAGUGACUCAUAUGUACAAAAA